UUCCUUCCUUCAUCCCUCCGUCGAUACCAUUCAACCCUAUCACUGCUACUCUGGCUCACCUCAUCAACUGCUCCAUUGACAUUCAGUAGUACUACCCAGUAGGACACCCUGCACCAUGAAUCCCCUCCAACCCUUCUCCCCGCCCACACAAGGCACCCCUUCCGACUUUCUCCCCGCCCUAAACCACAUGAAUGCCGACCACCAACCCUCCCUGCGGGCCAUUGUUCAAAAUCACCUCUCUCUCCCCCGUCCACCUCAAUCCGCUCAACUAACCACGAUUGAUUCGAAGGGGUUUGAGGUAGAGUAUGAGAUGAUGGAGAGUUUUUGGGGAGCAAAGAGGAGGAGUGGUGUCAGGAUUGGAUGGAAGGGGAAGGGAGAAGAGGGAGAGGUGAGAGUUCAAGGUGGGGGAAAGGAGGUCAGGGAGAGGAUGGUUCGACUUGUUAAGGAGGCAGAGGCUGGGAGGAAUAAGAAGUACCCAAUCCUCUACUCUCCACCACCCGACCUCCCCAUCUCCCUCCUCCUCCUUACCUUCCUCCUCUACAUCUCCAAACCCUCCCAUACUCCUACCUCACUCUACAACUCCCCUCAAGCCCUCAAAAUCCUACACGAAGGUAUACCCUUUCUACUCAAGUACCUCGGAAUAGCUCACGUAGUUGAAGCACUAGGCAUGCUCUUUUGGUCACUGCUACGCAGAGGAGCUUCCCCUGGUGUAGCGCUGCUAUGGGCUGCUACUACCCUUCCAGUGGGAUUCCCCCUCUUUUUUAGAUUCAAGCAGUUGAACCCAAGUGCAAAGUUGCAGGAUAAAGGGGUUAAGCCGAAGAGUCAGUAGUGAUAGUCAGCUGCAGUGCGUGAGGAGACGACUCUCAACAGUAGCAGAACAGAGAGGCAUGUAGAUUUAGGGGUCGUGAAAGUCGUAAGCUAAUGAAAUCUAAUGUACAAUAGAGUGAGCCUCCACCUGCG